GGGAGAGGGAGAGAGAACCUUGCCUGAAAGAAGAGCGUUCAAUGACCGAUUUUGCAAGAGUUUUUUUCGCCCCCAGUGUCUCUCUCUCUCUCCCUCCCUCCCUCUCUCUCCCUGGAUGAAUCGGAACGGUGAUGCAGCCAGGGACUUACAGUCCAAAUUAAUCCAGCACAAUAUGGCAGAUCUACACCGUGUUUAGCAAGGAGAGGAGUAACUGGCUUUGUAUUCUGCCAUGCAUAGCACACAGCAUUGCACCGAUGGCCCCGAUGUACCAAGGUAUGGCCUCGCAAGUGCAAGUCUUUUCCCCUCACACAAUUCAGUCAAGUGCCUUCUGCAGUGUGAAGAAAUUGAAAGUGGAGCCGGGUUCUAACUGGGAUAUGACUGGGUAUGGUUCACACAGUAAAGUCUAUAACCAGAACAAGAGUCCGACCAUCGCACAGUCAACAAUCAGCGCCUCUCUUCAAGUUACCAAUCCGACUCUGUCCUACGAACAGACCGUGAUUUUUCCGGCCAGUGCUGGCCACAUUGUCUUCACGACAGCAAACAGCACAUCGGGGGUGGUGGCUGUGUCUGCUCAGGCCUUGGGAGGCCCACAGAACCUGACCCGCCGCAGCACUGUGAGCCUCCUCGACACCUACCAGAAAUGUGGCCUGAAGCGGAAGAGUGAGGAACUCGAGAAUACCAGCAGCGUGCAGAUCAUCGAGGAGCAUCCGCCAAUGCUUCAGAACGCCACCAGUGGCGCUACAGUUGCCACGGCGGCCACUUCCACUGCCACCUCCAAGAACAGUGGGUCGAACAGCGAGGGCGACUACCAGCUCCUGCAGCACGAGGUGCUGUGCUCAAUGACCAACACGUACGAGGUGUUGGAAUUCCUUGGCCGGGGGACAUUUGGCCAAGUGGUUAAGUGCUGGAAAAGAGGGACCAAUGAGAUUGUGGCCAUCAAGAUUCUGAAGAACCACCCUUCCUAUGCACGACAGGGCCAAAUUGAGGUGAGCAUCCUUGCUCGGCUAAGCACAGAGAGCGCGGAUGACUACAAUUUUGUCCGGGCCUACGAGUGCUUUCAGCACAAGAACCACACUUGCCUUGUCUUCGAAAUGCUGGAGCAGAACUUGUACGACUUCCUGAAGCAGAACAAGUUCAGCCCACUGCCCCUCAAGUACAUCCGGCCCAUCCUGCAGCAGGUAGCCACGGCCCUGAUGAAGCUCAAGAGCCUCGGCCUGAUUCAUGCUGACCUCAAGCCAGAGAACAUCAUGUUAGUGGACCCGGUCAGACAGCCAUACAGAGUUAAGGUGAUAGAUUUCGGCUCGGCGAGUCACGUGUCAAAGGCUGUGUGUUCCACUUACUUACAGUCCAGGUAUUAUAGAGCGCCAGAGAUUAUCCUGGGGCUGCUGUUUUGUGAGGCUAUCGACAUGUGGUCGCUAGGAUGUGUCAUUGCAGAGCUUUUCUUGGGGUGGCCAUUGUAUCCAGGAGCUUCGGAAUAUGAUCAGAUUCGUUACAUUUCGCAAACACAAGGGUUGCCAGCGGAGUAUAUGUUAAGCGCAGGGACAAAGACAACACGAUUCUUUAACAGAGAUCCAGACUCAUCAUAUCCAUUAUGGAGGCUUAAGACACCAGAAGAUCAUGAGACAGAGAUGGGAAUCAAAUCGAAGGAGGCAAGAAAAUACAUUUUUAACUGUUUGGAUGAUAUGGCACAGGUGAACAUGACGACAGAUUUGGAGGGAAGUGAGAUGUUGGCAGAGAAGGCAGACAGGCGGGAGUUUAUUGAUCUGCUAAAGAAGAUGUUGACCAUUGACGCAGACAAGAGAAUUACACCGAUCGAGACACUGAGCCAUCCCUUUGUAAUGAUGACCCACCUACUGGAUUUUCCUCAUAGCACACACGUCAAGUCCUGCUUUCAGAACAUGGAGAUUUGCAAGCGAAGAGUCAAUAUGUAUGACACAGUGAACCAGAGUAAAACGCCUUUCAUCACGCAUGUGGCUCCAAGCACAUCGAGCAAUCUAACGAUGACCUUCAGCAACCAGCUCAGCACAGUGCACAACCAGGCCAACAGCCUGGCUCCCACAUCCACAAGUGCCACCCUUUCCCUUGCCAACCCCGAUGUCUCCUUACUUAACUACCAAUCUGCACUUUACCAGCCUUCAGCAGCAUCCAUGGCAGCUGUUGCCCAGCGGAGCAUGCCACUGCAGACGGGAGCCUCGCAGCUGUGUGCUCGGCCUGAUCCCUUCCAACAGGCCUUGAUUGUGUGCCCGCCUGGAUUUCAAGGGUUGCAGGCUUCCCCGACCAAGCAUGCCGGGUACUCGGUCCGAAUGGAGAAUGCUCUUCCUAUUGUCACGCAGGCUCCGGGAGCUCAGCCUCUUCAGAUCCAGCCUGGCCUCCUGACACAGCAGGCAUGGCCUGGUGGGACCCAGCAGAUCCUUUUGCCUCCAGCCUGGCAGCAGCUAACAGGAGUGGCAGCCCAUACCUCGAUGCAGCAUGCUACUGUUCUUCCAGAGACAAUGGCAGGGACCCAGCAACUGGCAGACUGGAGGAACUCUCAUCCACACACCAGCCAUUACAAUACCAUCAUGCAGCAACCGGCCCUGCUAGCAAGUCAUGUGACCCUGCCGUCUGCCCAGCCGUUGAAUAUUGGGGUUGCUCACGUAAUGAGACAGCAGCCCACUUCAAGCUCCACCUCAAAGAAGAACAAGCAACUGCAGUCCUCUACCAGGAAUAUUUCAACCUACGAAGUCUCUUCCUCCCGAAGCUUCAACUCCCACUCCCCGCAGCGCUCGAAACGUGUAAAGGAGAACACCCCGCCAAGGUGUGCCGUGGUGCAGGACAGUCCAGCGUGCAGCACCAUGACAUGUGGCUGGGGAGAGGCCACCAGCACAACCCACGAGCACCAGAGGCAGACCAUUGUCAUUCCUGACACGCCUAGCCCAGCAGUCAGCGUCAUUACCAUCAGCAGUGACACGGACGAAGAGGAGGAACGCAAACGAGUACCCAACAGCAGACUGUCAAAGCAGAGGAAGAACGUCAUCAGUUGUGUCACAGUACAUGACUCGCCAGAUUCAGACUCUUCGAGCAACAACAGCCCAUAUGCUGUGCGACAGCAGCACACCAUCAGCAGCAGCACUGCAAACAAUCCGGCCAAAGGACGGUCAGACAGCCACUACUGUGGCAACCCACGCACCAUCAUUGUUCCGCCUCUCAAGACGCAGUCUAGUGACACCGUGGCAGGGUGUGACCGCCUUGUAUCAGGCACACAGGGGCACCAUUCGUUGGGCCACAAGACCAAAAACGCCAGCACAACAACAUCCAGUACAACCCACUCUUCAGCAAGCUACUCGGGGAUAUCAUCUUACCGGCAACAGAGGUCUACAGCCCAUUCCUUUCAACAGCAACCCCUCAAUCUCAGUCAGGCUCAGCCACAUGUGACAGGCAUCCAGGAGCGGAGUGCGAACCAUGGACAUCGAAGGCAGCAAGCGUACAUCACACCGACCAUUGCUCAGGCCCCCUACUCAUUCCCACAUCGCAGUCCUUCACACACUACUGUGCAUCCUCAUCUGGCAGCGGCCCAUCUAUCGGGGCAGCCUCACCUGUACACCUAUGCCACACCUGCCCUGGGGCCCACAGGCACAGUGGCCCACCUUGUGGCAUCGCAGGGCUCUACUAGGCAUACCUAUGCCACCCAUCCUGGAGGGAUUGUCCACCAAAUGCCUGUUGGCAUGGGACCAAGGGUACUGCCAUCUCCCACCAUCCACCCAAGUCAGUAUCAAGCCCAAUUUGCCCACCAGACAUACAUCAAUGCUUCGCCAGCCUCAGCUGUCUACACCGGAUAUCCACUGAGCCCAACCAAGGUCAACCAGUAUCCCUACCUUUAAGACUUGAGAUCAACAAGGCAUUGUAUUGAAUUAAAACAAGCAACAAUGCAUCUCACACUUGAGAUGGUACUUAAGAAACAAGCUGGAAGGAAGAGUGCUUAGUCAUGGGAUGAAAAAUACAAAUUUUUUUUAUCAGAAGUUUAUUAAAGAAAAAAUCACCAAAUUUUGAAAGCCUGACAAUUGACCUCUGGCCAGUGAUGAAGAUCUUCAAAGGGGAGUCAAGCAACAGAUAUUUGGGAGAUAUUUAAUCUCUGAAAUGUUUUAAGGACCUGCGACCUUGAGACCCUGGAAGCUACUCUGAGAGUUUGAUCGAAGUUUUUAUCGACGAAGUUCAGUAAAUGAACUAUAGUUGUUGAUUUCUCAAUUUUAGUUUAUUUUAAUUUUUUUUGGAAAAACAAAGAGCUGCUCUCCCUUUCCUAAAUCAAACCCUCCUUGUGAAGGUAGAGGUUGCCAGGGCCCCUUUUAGAAUGUAGAGAGAUGAGGAAAGCUUCAUUCAAUGAUACGAUACCAAUAGAUAUUACUUGUGAUUGCACAACCGUGAUUCAAUCUAGCUCUGUUCUUAAGGCAUGUUAGUUGUGACUGUUCUGAGCUCCACAGUGUAUGAGUGUGUGUAUGUGUCUGUGUGCGUGUGCUGAUCUUGCUGUCUGUGGUUUCGUCAGCAGAGAGCUUCCUGUCAUGUUUCGAACAUAUUCCCUUGUAGUGCCUUACAGAAAAGGGUAAGCGUUCCUCCAGACUUAACACAGAUCUAAUGGAGCUGGUGUUAAUGCUGAGGCAGUCCCCUCAGUUGCGACUCUUGGGCAUGACGAUCCUAGGUGGAAAAAGGACUAGCUGUAAGAGAGUGUGGGGUUGCAGAGGGAGACGCAUGGUCUCUGAGUUUUCUUAUCCCAUCUUCUCUUUACAUCUCUGCAGGUGUUGGCAGCUCACCACUGCCUCUCCCAGGUAGCCAAUCAGCGUAGGCAGAAGAACACAAAGUCCUGUGCAGCAAAGUGCCAUUUGACCCACUAAGUCUGCAAGUCUACCAACAGUCUGUGUCUAAUUAUUAUAACAUAGAUGUAUCCCUCUCUCCUCUCUGCCAAUUGAUCCGCCAAUAUAAGGAAUACCCACCUCCCUGAAAACAGUAUCAAGUCUUGUCAGUAAACUAUCAGUGUCCCUCCUCUCUUAAAGGUCCAAACUGCCAUUCAAUUAAUGACUUUCUUCAGACAGUCACUGUUGACAAGGAGUUCAAUCAUGGAAGGCAUUACAAUGUCACUUAUCCUGUCCUUUAAAGAACAUGUGCACAUGGGGAGGGGAAAAUUGACAGAGAAAGAAGGGAGACGAGAGUUCCAUACCGCACAAUAUUCCAUGGCCAUUUGAAUGAAUGAUGUGUGGUGCAUUAGUUUCUGUGCUGUUGACACAUUCCGGUGUCACCUUUUGGAACAAGUUCUAUUUCAGUCCACCAAAACAUUCUGCUUCUGUUUUUUUCAUGGGAGAAAAUAUUUCUUCCAUGACUGCAUCAAAAUAGCAUUGAAAUAUUGCCCACUUUUUCCAAUUGAAUAAAGAAAAGGUGACCAAUUCUCUCCUUUAGGCAACUUGACUUUGGACUGUUUCCUGCUGGGGCACAUUUUUUCUGUCAAUUUUCUCCCAUCCUCUCAAUUUCUUGGAACUGAGAUACAGUUCAGUCUGAUCUAAUUCAAUGGUGCAAUAGGCUGCUGAGACUGAAUGGCCUCCUUAGGUUCGUAUGUUCAUUCCUUUCCUGAAGAUAUUUACCUGCAGUUGCCUCCUGGUACCCUACUGGAACCUUGAGGGUGAGCCACAGGUCAAUCCUGAGACCAAUCCUGCCUUCAUGUGCAUACAUCGCACAGGAUGUGUUGGAUGAUGACUAAAAGAGACCUGACUGGAAGCAAGUUUCAACUGUCCCCACCUUUUUGACCCAGGACCACUGAGGCCAACUAUGGCUGCUCCUUACUGUCACACAGUACAGUCCAUUGACAGAGGCUGGGACCAUCCCAGGCAAGUGUGGGUCACCAACUCACUGACCUGACCAGCUGAGACAUGGGGGAAGUGAACCAGAGAAUGGAUGCACGAUACCAGUGAAUCUGACUAGUCUGACCCAUGACAAUUCUGUAUUAUAAAUUUGACUGCCAUCUGGUGGUGAAAAGCAUUUUGUUUGUUACAGGGGGAAGGCAACUUGAGAAUUUGAACUGGUGCAGUGUCACAAGUUAGGAUCCUACUCCUUGAAAUUUUUUAUUAGGAAAAAUAAUGUUUUAAAAACAGAAAGUAACAAUUAUGAGCAGAAUCUCCUUGCUCACUAUGCAAAUUUGUAACUUGCAUUUUUUAAGAGAACAUUUAAUUUUUUCCUUUUUAAUGUGGUACUUUAACAACCAUCUUCAUUAGCUGCUGUUUUAAACGUAUUGAAUUAGCAUUUUUUUCUCUCUCAGUUUAUUAAUUUUCUUUCUGUUGACAACCAGCUCUGCACUUUUCAGUGGGAACCAUUUAAUUUCUUUUCUUGCCUGUUAGUUUCAGGUUGUGCUGCAUAUGUGUUUUUUUUUGAGCAGAGUUGUCCAAUAGAAAUUGCUGACUAGCCAAGGUCUGGCCAGAUACAGUUUCAGCCGCAUGCGCUCAUUUUAAUUACACGCACACACAAUACAAGUAAAUGUACUUCACACAUGUAUAUUUACUAAGUAAACAUCUGCCACCAUUCAGUAACUAAGGAAGUAAAACACAAUGAUUAAUAUAUACUCUUAACAAUUAAUUAAUUAAUCUCUGCUUUUUGUCACCAUUUACCAGAAAAUUCAAAUGAUGAGUUCACAUAUGUAAGUCAUGUGAAUGAGUAUUAAGAUCGCAUGCCCAAUGACAAUUAUUUUUAUUUAUUGAUCCAAAAUUCAUCUAUGUUCCCUAUCUGCCUAUCUGGGGGACCCAAUUAGCCACAUGUAGCUAACGGUUAAUGAAUUGGACAACAUUACCUUAGAGAAGGUAACUAGUAGAAAGGAGAAGGUGUGAUGAUUGCAUUUUCACAGAGAUUGCCUUCUUGCCUGAGUUGUGUAAUUGAAUAGUCAUUGGGUUGUUAAAGGUUGAUGUAAGCUGUGUCAGCUCUUUUACGUCGAGUUAAAUGCUGGUCCCAAAAUAACUGUAUUGGUCCUUUCCUAUGGGCUGGAUAAUUAUAUAAUGACACCCAUGUUAUUUGUACAUUCUGAAGGCCAGUCCUUGUAGUUGGCUUGGCAGAAACUAGUUGCAGUCCAGUCAAAGAGAGCUGGCUAUGAGUGAGUGUGAAGAUGUGGAGGGAGGAAUAAGUCACACACAUACACAAAAACAAAAUUGCUCUUGUCACCAAAGAAACCACAUUUUAUUGCAUUUUUUGUGCUUUGCUGCCCCUUGACUGCCAGGCUCUUUCAUGAAGAUUUCUUUACUCUGUUAGGAGAUGAGAGCUUGAACUUGUUCCUAUUCAUGUGUAAUUAACUCUUAAUUCUCAAUUUUAUUAUUUUCAUUAGGUGGGAAUUUCUUAAAGGUUUAAUGGUUACUGGCAUUGCUGCUAUUUUGAUGUAUUUAAACAUUCAAGUGAGUCCGUAUCUGUUCUGUAUGUAUAUACAUAUAUUUAUAUAUAAGGAAGGAGAAAAAAAGUCCCUAAUCAUUAAAUCCAGGAAGGGGCACAAAAUCUACUGAUUACCGGUAAACGUCUGCACAGUUUAAUUCUUA